CGCAAAACUCGCUCAAUCCCAACUUUUAGCAUUUAGAGGGGCAUGGCAUAGCGAAAGUGCUACCAAAUAAACAACUAUAAAAACACAGGGCACCGCCAACUUAGCAUCCAGUACGAAUCCCGACUCCAACCACCGCUCAAGAGGCAUUAUGAAGACGAUCUAUUUAGUUUUCCUGCUGAUAGCAGCAGUGGCUGCCAGCGAGAAAAAGUCAAUAGAAAAGAAGGAGGGCCUCGAAAAGAAGUUGGACAAACGCGGUCUCUUGAACCUCGGCUACGGCUACGGCAUCAGCGGACUCGACGUCGGCUACAUCGGCAGCGGCCACGGCAUCGGCGGUGCUUACAACUUCAUCGAUGAGGGAUCCCUAGGUCACUCCGGAUACGGCAUCGACCUCGGACACCGCACCGACGUCACCAGAACCGUCACACUCGUCAAAGGAGUUCCAUACGCUGUGCCCGUCGACAGACCAGUACCCUACCCAGUCGAGAAACACGUCCCCUACCCCGUAAAGGUCCCAGUACCCCAGCCCUACGAAGUCGUCAAACAUGUGCCCGUCCACGUCAAGGAAUACGUCAAAGUCCCCGUACACGUACCCGCCCCGUACCCAGUUGAAAAGAAGGUGCCCUACCCCGUCCACGUCCCCGUAGACAGGCCCUACCCCGUCAAAGUGUUGGUGCCCCAGCCUUACCCCGUUGAGAAGCACGUCCCUUACCCCGUUAAGGUGCCCGUCCCUCAACCCUACCCUGUUGAGAAACACGUGCCAUACCCCGUCGAAGUCAAGGUGCCCGUGCCUCAGCCCUACCCAGUCAUUAAACACGUCGGCGUUCCCGUCAAAGUGCCCGUAGACAGGCCUUACCCCGUGCACGUGCCCGCUCCCUACCCCGUCGAGAAGCCCGUGCCAUACCCCGUGCACGUCGAGAAACCCGUCGCCGUCCCCGUCCACGUCCCCGUAGACAGGCCUUACCCCGUCCACGUAGAGAAGCCCGUAGCCGUGCCCGUUAAGGUGCCAGUCCCAGAGCCUUACCCAGUCUACAAACACAUCCCCUAUGAGGUAGAAAGGCCCGUGCCCGUCCCAGUCAAGGUGCCCGUCGACAGGCCUUACCCCGUGCACGUAGACAGGCCUUACCCCGUCCACGUAGAGAAGCCAGUCCCAGUCCCAGUGAAGGUCCCAGUGCUGGUCAGCGAGCACGACCACGGCAGCCACUACAACUUCGGAGGCUCCUACUACGAACACUAGGCUAAUUACUCUAGUUUGUUAGUUUAUUAUUCGCCAAUGUCACGCUAUUUAUAUCUCGUCAUGCAAAGAUUUAAAUCGUUAGAUAAUAGUUUCACGAACGCCAAAUCCAUCCAUCACGAAGCAUUAUCGUGAAAUUAAUUCACCCAUCAACAAAUACGGAACUUUUCAUAAUUUAGGAUCUCAUACCUGUUGAUUCUGCAAAUGAAAGCAGUGACAAUUUGAUUAGUGCCAGAGGCUAUCUACGAUUGAAAUCUUUGUCGCCAAGCAGCGGCCGGGACACCAGCAAAAUUUCUAUUGACUAUUUAUACUGUCCUUCUAUGAUAAUUCACGUCAUAUAAGCGUACAGAAGGUACGCGAGCACGUGUAUGUUGUGAUUCAAAGGUUACCAUUAAUAGGUUUAAGUCGACUGUAAUAUACGAAAUAAAUAAAAAAAUAAGAUAAUAAA